AGCUACAAAGAGAAUCAUUUCUGCCUUCACCACUUUCAGUGAACCUUCCCAAAAUCUUUCACGUGUUGCAAAAAAAAUAUUCCAAAAAUUAAUCAGAUUUAGAACUGUAAAAAAGUGAAAAGCUUGUACAAGAUGAUUCAUUAAUGAGUGAGGGAUGAGUUCUGGGAAAGCGGUGAAAGAGAAAAAGAAAACGCAAAGCGAUCAACAGGAUCUUAUGAGCAACACUCUGGUAUCUGAAGAUAAGGAGUUAAGGGCAUUUGGUGUUAUGAAAUCGCACAACUCCAACCUUGAUGAAUAUGAAGAAUCAUCUCCUGGUCCUUCUCACUCUGUCCUGCGUUCCUCUUCCUCUCCUCCUCCGCGAUCAGAAGAUCUCAGAGUGAGUUUUCGACAGGAAUAUUCAAACAGCAUUCUAAAGAUAAGGCCUUCCUGUAGGACUUUAAAACAAAAAGCAUCUCCUUUAUCAUGGAGAACUGAUCAGCAGUCAGUACUCAGUCCUACAUGGCACACACCAGAGAUCAGAUCUUUAAAUUUGGACUCUGAGCCUACAGAAGGAACCAAUAAACCCUGGGACGUGAAUUUUAGGGAUGUUGUGUUGUCACGGACCUCAAUGAAUCACCCUUUGGCUGAAACAGACACAGAGCUGGAAUCACAUACUGACAGACUGCUCCGCCUUACUAGGGACUUGUAUGAAGCGACCCACCUACCUGAUGCUGCCAUACAAUUUUUUGAGAUGAGACAAGAAGAAAGAUCACCAAUACAUAGACUCUGCAUGAAUUCCUUAUUACAGGCAUACAAACAGGAGAUCCAGCCGACACCUAAACAACAGCUGAAAACCAAGGAACAGGUGAUCUUUCCAGAAGCCCAGAGAAGCUCUUUGCCUGGUCCAGCUGUCCAGCCCUGUGGCCCUGAUGUGUGUGCUGUGCUGAAAACUCUGCUGGACCUGGUGGAUGAGCACUGGAAUGGACAAUUCUCUCUCCAUCUCAAUCCUAACUUUAUGGCGAAAGCCAUCCUCCUUCUGUUACCUCUGACUAACCCUGUUCCACCAUCCCAACCUGAGGACAAGAAUAUAAGAGGAAGUAAGGAUGAGCAGAAAGAAAAGCAGGAGAGCAGAGAAUGGUGGGAUGUGGAGAAAUCAAGGCAGGUAAAGCGCAGACUGGGGAAUGAACUGGGUGGAAAUGAGGAGUGGAAAAGCUGUGGAGAACACCGAUCAGCAUUUGAUGUCUCCGAGGUUAGACAACUGAAGAGACAACUUGCCAAAACUCAGCGUGAACAGGAAUCAUUGAAGACAAGACUGAUCUCAGCUUUAAAAGAGAACUUCAUUUUGCGAGCAGAGAAAAUGAAAAUAAAGACAUGUUUGGAAAGUGACACUACACUGUUGGACUUGGGGGUACAUCUGGACAGAGAAACACAAGUUCUUCAACAACAAGACAAACUCUUAAAGCAGCUGGAACGUACAGUGCAUCUUCUACAGGACAAUCACAGAUCCUCUGUAUCCCGUAAUGAAUUGCUACAGUAUUUGAUCAAAAGAACCAGCAAAAGCAGUAAAACAUUAUAAAUCUAUUGAAUCAAUAGUGGUAUAAUGAACAGUUUGUAUAUUUUAUUGUGUAUGUGUUCAAGGCUGAACUUUAAAUGUAUUUAUUUUUUGUUGUUAUAGUAUGUCACAUGCCUAAAUGAUACGUUUAAAUGUAAGGUUUAAAAUGGUAAAGAUGCCACUGUUCUCUAAUCCCUCUGCGAGUAUAAAUAUAUUAAUCAUCUCACGGUGUGAGUCCAUCUGCAUUAACGCAGAAUAACCACUUUUACGAUAAACAAUAAAACAAUAACCUGUUCUCUUAAAAACAA